UGCAACCGUGUACGCCUAAGUUCCAAAUGUAAACAAAUAUUUUGGUGGGUCCGGUGGUGCCUGGUGAGUCCAGAACGCGAAUCAAAGCCGACCGCGGCGGCAGCCAGGACUCGAGUGCGGACCUCGGUGCGGACAUCUUCGUAAGCCAAACAGCAGCAGCAAAACGCCGGCUAAGGAGGGUGGUGCUUUGGUGGUGCUUGUGCGGGACGAGGUUGAGGGUUCGAAAAGGCCAUGGCUGCAGCUUCCUGCAGGACCUGCAGCUGUUUCACGACCGGAAUGGGUUAGAAGGAAGCUUGGGUGUUUUGUAAUUGAUUUUGUUUGUUUUUGUAGGAUGGGUGGUAGGAAUGUAGAUUCGAACCGGUUGUAUUCGGUGGUGGUGACCCGGGAUUGGUGGAUGAAGGUCGAUUCCCGCGAGGACUGGGACGAGAUCAUCAAGGAGAUGGCGCUGCCGACGCAUUGCGUGAACAAGGAGAUUGCGUUGAAGAAGAAUAACAUCCGAUUUUUGGACAAGUACGAGAAAGGAUCCGAAGAAGAGGAGGACGGCAAGAAGCGGCAUAAUCGGAUGUGGUCAGCGCGGAUGUUGCACUCGAUGUCGGCCGUUCACAACACCGCAACUUCCCGCCCAUAAACGCUCACAUCGCGACGGCGCAGCUUCAGCUGGGGACAGCGAGCAUGAAAAAUCUGUGUCAUUGUGGAAGGAGGAUGAAGUGCUCGAAAUCAAAUUCCGUUCCGAGGGCCUCAUCAACCCCAUGUUCCGGAUGCGCUUCCAGGUUCUGGAACUCCCUGUUCAGGCACUUCACUUCU